GCGCAGGGGAGAGAGAGAGAAUCAGAGAGAGAGAGAGAGAGAGAUCAUCGGGGGAAGAUGGAGCAUCUCAACACAUAGCCGCCUCCAGAUUCUAUUUCUUUCUCCUUUACAUCCUUGAAAUUUUAUUUUUUUAAUAUAUAUUUUUAAAGAGAGAGAGAAAAGAGGAUAAGGUCGGGCCUUGAGGUUGCAUUGAAAAGGAGGAAUUAAUUGCCAUCCACUGAGGAGGGAGCGAGAGAAAGAGAAAAUGUUACCUUCACAGGAGGCGUCCAAGAUCUACCACGACAAUUACAUGCGGAAUUCCAGGGCCAUCGGCGUUCUCUGGGCCAUCUUCACCAUCUGCUUCGCCAUUAUUAACGUGGUGGUGUUUAUUCAGCCUUACUGGAUCGGGGACAGUGUGAACACCCCGUAUCCUGGCUAUUUCGGCCUCUUCCAUUACUGUGUGGGGACGGGAGUGACCAGCCGGGACCUCAGCUGCCAGGGAACCUUCGCAGAUUUCGACAGCAUCCCCUCCGGGGCCUUCAAGGCGGCGGCGCUGUUCGUGCUGCUGUCCAUGGUGCUGAUCCUCACCUGCAUCACCUGCUUCGCGCUCUUCUUCUUCUGUAACACGGCCACUGUCUACAAGAUCUGUGCCUGGAUGCAGCUACUAGCGGCUGUCUGCCUUGUGCUGGGCUGCAUGAUAUUCCCCGAUGGAUGGGAUUCCGAAGCGGUUAGACACAUGUGUGGAGAGAAAACGGGGAAGUACACACUUGGAAACUGCUCGGUGCGUUGGGCCUACAUCCUGGCUAUCAUCGGCAUCCUGGAUGCAUUAAUCCUCUCCUUUCUGGCAUUCGUGCUUGGAAACCGUCAGAACGACCUCCUCCAGGAAGAUCUCAAAGUUGAUAACAAAGUAUUCACGAAUAAUAAGAACGUAAGGAACAAGAAAAGGCCACUCGACCCAUCGAACCCUCCACAGAACGUGUACAACUUGCCCUAUCAAGGACCUUACCCAGCCCACUCUUUCUCCCAAGGGAGACAGCCAACCACAGAUUUCACCGGUGCCGCGGUCCCUCCAUGCUCUGUGUCACCACACUGCCAAGACGGUGGGCAGGUGCCUCACCAGACCACUGCCAAUGCUUCUCUCCACCUGAGCCACUACGGGAUAGCUUAAUCCCUGUCAAUUAUUUAACCUAGUAUAUUUUUCUCUCCACUUCUUUUGCCUGGUAACCUUGGACAUCAGGAACUUGCCAAGUGGCAAUAACAUAUGCAAAAUCUCCAUUGUACCAC